AUGAGCAUCAGAGAUGACCAGGCGCUGCGCACAGGCAACGUGACUGACCCCCUGCAGCAGGCCCUCACCAGCAUGCUGGACACGCCAGCACUCAGACCUGAGGUCUCCACAGACCUGAGAAUGUCCCCAGCAGCUUUAACUCUGAGGUCAGACAGACAAAAGCUGAAGAAGGGCAGUGGAAAGGACCCUGGAGAACAUCUGAUCUACAACCGGGAGUCGGAGGGUCCAAGGGGUGUGACUAUUAACACUCCAGAAAACAUGGACAUCACUCUGAAGGGACACACGGUUAUUGUGAAGGGCCCCAGGGGCACCCUGUGGAGGGUCUUCAAUCACAUUAAUGUAGAACUCGGCCUCCUUGGAAAGAGAAAGAGGCUCCGGGGUGACGAAUGGUGGGGAAACAGAAAGGACCUGGCUAUCGUUGGCACUAUCCGUAGUCACAUACAGAACACGAUCACGGGUGUCACACGGGGCUCCCGUUACAAGGUGCGGCCUCUGAACUCUCACUUCCCUGUCCACACUAUCAUUCAAAAGAAUAGUCUUCUCGUUGAAAUCCAAAUUUUCUUGGGCAAAAAAUAUAUCCGCAGGGUUCGGAUGAGGCCAGGCGUUGCAUGUUCACUACCUCAAGCCCAGGAAGAUGAGCUAGUUCUUGAAGGAGGUGGCAGUGAACAUGUAUCAAACUCAGCUGCUUACUCACGAGCCACAACAGUUAAAAACAAGGAUACCAUGGGCUUCCCUGGUGGCGCAGUGGUUGAGAGUCCGCCUGCCGAUGCAGGGGACACGGGUUCGUGCCCCGGUCUGGGAACUCUAGUCAUCGUCUACCUGCAGACGAGCAACAGGGUGGCCCAACUCAUCUGGCUCAUCAUCGUCCCGGAUGUGGGCAGUGGGGUUAUCGAAGUUCACAACAGAACAGCAUGA